AAGUGGACACGUUCCUCCGGCUUUUGGCGAUCCUUUGUCGCGAUAUGCAUUCCCCUCCUUCUCUCGGCCCUCGAGGGCAGCAUCACGAACACUGCCCUUCCCACCAUCUCCGACGCGCUCAACCUGGGCACGAAAUUCUCUUGGGUAGCCACGGCCUUUCUGCUCGCGAGUACCGUUUUCCAGCCCCUAUACUCACAGCUCGGGGACAUGUGGGGACGAAAGUAUCCCAUGAUGGCUGCCAUUACCAUUUUCGCCAUCGGCAGCGCCAUUUGUGCCGCAGCACAGUCGGGCGCCGUGCUCAUCACUGGAAGGAUUGUCCAAGGUCUAGGUACGGGCGGAAUCGAUCUUUUUGCUGAAAUGAUACUCUGCGAUAUCGUCCCGCUGCGGAAGAGAGGCCCUUACCUAGCAAUCAAACAUGCCGCUUUCGCUCUUGGAACCACUCUAGGACCGCUUCUUGGUGGCGUGUUUGCGGAGCACGGGUGGUAUUGGUGUUUUCUUAUCAAUCUCCCCGUCUGCGUCAUCUCGCUCGUCAUCAUGUGGUUCUGGCUCAGUGUGGGCGGAGGCGCGAGCGACGUCAAGGGCUCGCUUGGAGAGAACCUGAAAAAGGUGGAUUACAUUGGCAGCGGCAUCCUGACUGCCUCUGUCGUAAUGCUUCUCGUUGCUCUCAGCACCGGCGGAGCACCUCAGCCGUGGAACCACCCAUCCGUCGUCGUACUCAUCGUCUUUGGCAUCCUCGGUCUCAUCUCCUUUGUCAUCUGGGAACGCUCGCGCUUCUGCAAGCACCCAGUCAUGCCGCCACACGUCUUUUCCAACCGCACGACAAACAUCUCGUUUGGCCUGACCACGGUGCAUGGCUUCAUAACCUACGGCUUCCAAUUCUACCUGCCGCUCUUCUUCCAAGCCGUCAAGGGGUCGUCGCCCACGGAAUCCGGCAUCAAAGUCAUGCCCACGACACUCAUCAUCGUGGUGCUUGCCGCCGUCGGUGGGCCCAUCCUCAGCAUCUCUGGCAAAUACAAGCCCAUGCACAUUGCGGGCUUCGCUUUGGUAACGCUCGGCCUCGGUCUCUGCACCACGCUCAGCCACGCCACGUCCAUGGGCCUCUGGCUCACGUUCCAAUUCAUCACUGCGGCCGGCCUGGGAAUUGUGAUCCCCACCAUGCUUCCCGCCAUCCAGGUCAAGCUCCCGGAGGACUCUACGGCCGCGAGCGCCGGCGCGUGGGCCUUCUUGCGGGGCACGGGCUCGCUGUUUGGCGUUGCGAUUCCCGGCGCCGUCUUCAACGUGCGCUUUGCUUCACUGCUCUCGAGCAUCUCGUCUGGGGCUGCGCGCGACCGCCUCUCCCACGGACAGGCGUACCAGCGCGCGACAGCGUCCUUCAUCAAGAAGUACGGGGCGACGCCCGAGGCCAAGGCCCAAAUCGUAGCGGCGUUUACAAAGGCGCUGGAAAGCGUGUGGAUUGUCUUUGCCGUGCUGGCCGCCCUCGCCUUCUGCGCCACUUGUCUGGAAAAGGAGUACAAGAUGCGCAAGGAGUUGAAUACCGCAUAUGGACUCAAG